AUGGAUGGUAGAGAUGAUGGCGAAAGUCGCGAUGGAGCUAAGCGGCGUGGCGUAUCGAUUGGACCCCAAGCGAACCAGAUCCUGCAGCGUUUGUACGAGCCAAAUCUAGGACCUGGAUCCCCUGCCGAUGACCGAAAUCCCUUGUCACCUGUAAAGCGAUCUGCUCCGACGCGAAACGCAGUUCUAAAACCUAAAUUCCAGACUCGAAUGAAAAAGAACGCGAGCGUAGCGACGAUCCUUAACAGCGUGCCAGCACGAACACGAGCUGGAGUACCCACACCCAUCUCAUCAGGUAUCACUCCUCUAUCAACCUCUGCAAGUAUGAUGAGUUUGCCGCCUGGAGUGAUACACCCAAGCCUCCAUAAGGCAUCUGAGAGAAUCAGAACCCUUCAGGAUAAAACUCACAUUUCUAGUACAAUAACCCGGUCAUCAACACUAGCAGAAGAGAGAAACCAGAGUGGAGGAGAGUCUGGCUCGUAUGCUUGUCUCUCGCCUGCUUCAAAAGCUGCUCAACGCAAGAGUCUCGCAACCGAGUCGUCGUUUACUGCGUCGCUAAAUCUGGAUCCCAGAUAUCUGAAAGAAUUCAAAUCUGGCAACUUUUUGUAUCUUCGUAAAAAGAAAAACACAGAUCUGGUCAUGUACGCACUCGAAGUUGUAGAGCAUUUCGAAGUGGAUCGUUCGGACUACUACACGAUGAGUUUAGAAGGUGUGACGCACUUUACUACGGAACAUUCCGAAUUCUGGACUUUGGACAAAUGGGAGACGGAAUACUCGAGAUUCAUGAAGAUGCUGGCUAUUCCGUUCUUCCAGAAGUAUAAAAUGUGGAAGAACUUUAACAUGUGGAAGACCUCAGUGCGUACAUUCAAGAUGCGCAACGCCAAAAAGGCUCUAAACGAGCGGCUUUUCCUGUUAGCCCCCAGUCUUCAGUCGACAUUACUGGGUCUGCGUUCUCUUUGUUUGGAUGUCACUAAACUUGAAUUGAUCCAUUUCAGUAAUCGCCAGACGUAUUCCUUGCGCGAUUUCGAGUUGGAACAGCAGAAGACGCGCACUCAAGUUACUCAACAACUCGCGAGUUUCUCUGCAAAGUCGUUGCAAAUGUGCGUCAAGGCCUGUGACGACGUUAUCGACAGCUUUUUAGUGGCCAACAAAAUAUCCGCGGACCACAAAAUGACCUUCAUGGAACGAGCUGCGUUGCGCAAACAAUGCCGCACACUCACGAGUUUUUUGCGCCUAGCAGAUUUUCUAACCAUCGACGCAACUAUCCAACUCACCAUUCGCUCCUUCCAGCAACUUUACGGGAUUCUCGCAGCUGGGAAAGCGCAACUUACUGGAACUGCUACGUCUGUACCAGAAACUAAGCAACCGACUGGAAAUAUCCAAGCAAACAGUAAAAAUCCAGGAAAAUCUGGCCAAACGAAUACCUCGCCAUUCACCGCUAUCUUCGCCGUAGCAGUAGAGAUGGAUCCUGUUACUUCUGCUUUGAAUGCCACUCCAAACCACGACGCAUGGAACGGAGCGCUCCAACGAGCACUGAAAGAAGCUUUACGUAUGGUGGAGACUCCGGCGCGACAUCUCGGCCACGAAUCUCUGGCUCCGUACACUACAGCGAGUGCUGAAGACGAAGGCAAAGACGUCUGGUCGGUUGAGCAACUUAACGUGGCGUUGAUAUUGAAUGAAGAUGCCAAGUUCAGUAUACUUACAAACGAUAUUUUCGUGGCUUUGGAUGAAGCAUUCGAAGCUGUAGAGGAUUAUAUGGACGUGUUCACUCCGUUCCACCAGAUUUAUUCGGAAAAUGAAGGCCAAGUGACGCAUCUGAUGGAAACUUAUGCAGACGCACCUUUGGAUUUUUUCUCAGAAUCUGUAGAGAAGUACAGAUCCCAAGGUCAGUCGUUCACUGAAAUCCCUGACGCUGCGACGGUUGGGAUUUUUCGAGUCGAUUCUUCCGAGUUUAAAAGUCGACUGCUGCCGAAUCCAGAGAAAUGUAUCCUCGGAAUCCGUGCUUUAAUCCCGAAACUUAUGAAGAAAACCAGCGCGGAAUUACUCGAGACUCUCAACGAUUUAUCCCCCGUGGCUUUUUCCACGCCGUCUACACCUGACGCAUUUGUGAAUAAAGUGGUGCAUAUGACCAAAGUUGGUACCAUGCUUCCAGAUUUAAGAAACCGAUACCGUCGAGUCUAUGAGAUGGGAGUUCUGAUGGAUAAUUACGAUUGGCGAGUCCCGGAUGAUAUUAAAGAGGAUAUUAUCCUCAUGAAGGAAGGUGUAUUAAGUCUAGAGGGGACGGUGACUAGAUUUGAAGGGGAGAUCGACUCAGAAACAGCGCGCUUCUCACAGAUUAUUCUGGAUAGUAUCGCGCCGUUGAAUCGGAAUGCUCAAAUGUUGCUUGAAAAGCUGGAUCAUCCCAAGCUGUCGACGAUUAAAACGCCAAUGAAUGAGGCGCUUUCGUUCCUUGGAGCGCAAGAAGAUUCGCUCAAUCAACUCGUCGAAGAAUCUAAAAUGCUCGCCAUGUUUCAAACACAAUUGAAACAAACAGUGAGCGAAUUUAACGAAAUCAACGAAGUAGCAGCGCAUUUCGAGUUGAAAAUGAAGCUUUGGAGUGGUCUGGAUGCGUGGCAGAAGCUCGCAGUCUCAUACUCGGACACCAUCUUCGACGACAUCGACGUAGCUGCCAUUAGUAAACAAGUGCAGAUGUACGUAAAAGUGGCGUACCAAGCACAGAAGCAGCUCCCGGGGAACGAAGCUGCUGAUUUACUGCAACGAGAAGUGGAGAAAUUUAAGCUUGUACUCCCCGUUGUGACGGAUUUACGCUCCCCAUCGUUAAAAGACCGACACUGGAAGCAAAUCCACGAUGCUUUAGGGUUCCAGAUGAAAGGAGAGAGCAGCAUGACGUUGGGUGGAUUAAUUGAAAGAAACGUGAUGAAACACGGCGAAACUAUCAGCGCUGCGGCUGUGUCUGCUCAACAAGAAGCUGUGCUCGAAGAAAUGCUGAAAAAGGUGACGGAUGCUUGGGCUACGACCGAGUUUGAGGUCAAACCGUACAAAGAAUCCAAGGAUGUUUUCGUCCUGGGGAGUGUCGAGGAAGUCACUGCCAAACUGGAUGAUUCGAUCGUGACAAUUAGUACAAUUAUGGGUUCUAGAUUUAUCGGUGCCAUUCAAGAAGAAGUGGAAGGCUGGAGGAAGAAGCUCGUGACGCUGCAGGAAACGUUGGACGAGUGGCUGUUGGUACAGAAGAAUUGGAUGUAUCUGGAGAAUAUCUUCUCGGCGCCGGAUAUUCAGCGUCAAUUACCGGAUGCAUCCAAGAUUUUCAGUCACGUGGAUGCGUCCUGGAAGACAAUAAUGCGUCGUACGAAUGAGAAUCCGCACGUGUUAACGUCGGGAACAUUUCCAGGUAUCAAGGAGACGUUGCUGCAGCACAACGUGCAUCUGGAUAAAAUCCAGAAAAAUCUGGAGGAUUAUCUCGAGACGAAACGGAUGGCAUUUCCUAGAUUUUACUUUUUAUCCAACGAUGAAUUACUGGAAAUCCUCGCACAGUCGAAAAAUCCACAAGCAGUGCAGCCGCAUCUUCGCAAAUGUUUUGAAAAUCUGGUCAAAUUAGACUUUGGAGAUAUUCCUGGUAGUGUGGAUAUGAUCGCCAUGUACUCGUCCGAGAACGAGCGAGUUCCGCUUGGUAAAAAUCUAAAAGCACGAGGAAACGUCGAAGACUGGUUAAAAGCCCUGGAAGUGAGUAUGAAACAGUCAAUCUACAAGUUAAUGAAGGCUGGAUUACUCGACUACGACACUAAACAGCGCUCCGUAUGGGUCUGUGACCAUCCUGGUCAAGUCGUGGCUACUGUGGCUCAGAUGACCUGGGCAAGAAGCACCGAAGAAGCGCUUAACAGCAGUAAUCCAGUCGAAGAAAUGCACGCUUGGUACAAGCGCAAUUUGUACGAAUUGAACGAGCUUAUCGUGAAAAUCCGUGGAGACCUCAGCUCUUUAGAACGUAAGGUUAUCGUGGCUUUGGUGACUACAGAUGUACAUGCCCGAGAUAUCGUGGAGAGUCUGUGGACCGAGAAAGUGGAUUCUGUCGGGAAUUUUAUCUGGCAGCAGCAGCUUCGUUACUAUUGGGAUGUGCAGGCCGAUGACGUCCUUAUUCGGCACUCGGAUUCUGUUAUCCAGUAUGGAUACGAGUACAUGGGUGCUACGUCACGCUUAGUGAUCACACCGCUUACUGAUCGUUGCUGGAUGACGCUAACAGGAGCCUACGGGAUGAAACUUGGCGCAGCUCCUGCAGGUCCUGCAGGAACCGGCAAAACCGAGAGUAGUAAAGAUCUGGCAAAAGCGAUGGCUAUCCAGUGUGUUGUGUUUAACUGUAGUGACCAGAUCGACUAUAAAAUGAUGGGUAAACUGUUCCGAGGCCUCGCUCAGGCCGGAAACUGGACGUGUUUGGAUGAGUUCAACCGUAUCGACAUCGAAGUUUUAUCCGUGGUGGCUCAGCAGCUGCUUAUCCUGCGUGAAGGACGCAUUCAGGGUAAAGAGCACAUUAACUUUAUGGGGAUAGAAAUCUUACUUAAAGACCACCACGUUAUCGUGACUAUGAAUCCUGGAUAUGCUGGUCGUACGGAACUUCCGGAUAAUCUUAAGGUGUGUUUCCGACCGGUGUCUAUGAUGGUGCCGGAUUACGCGCUUAUCGCGGAGAUUAUGCUGUUUGCUGAGGGAUUCGGUGACGCACGUACACUGUCUCGUAAGAUGUGUAAGCUGUAUAUCCUCUGCAGUGAGCAGCUCUCACAGCAACCACACUACGACUACGGUCUUCGCGCUGUAAAAUCCGUGCUGGUUAUGGCUGGUUCGCUGAAACGUGCAAAUCCGGAUUUGAACGAAGACGUCACGUUAAUUCGCGCUCUAAGAGACAGCAACAUCCCCAAGUUUUUAGCCGAUGAUUUACCACUGUUCCACGCUAUUGUACUCGAUUUAUUCCCUGGUACAGACAUCCCUCCCAACGACUACGGAGAGUUGCAAGCUUCGCUGGAGGAAGAAAUCACUAAAGCAGGGUUACAAAAAGUGCCUACGUAUAUUACAAAAGUCAUUCAACUCUUCGAUAUUUUCAACGUUCGCUUCGGAGGAACGCUGGUUGGACCCACCGGAGCUGGUAAAACCUCGUGUUAUCGUACACUUCAGUCCACUAUGACGUCGCUGCGUACCAAAGGGUCAAAGAAUCCGGUAUACCAGACUGUACACGCUCGUGUUUUAAACCCGAAGUGUAUUUCCAUGGGCGAAUUAUACGGUGAAUUCAACGAAGCCACCCAGGAAUGGCACGAUGGCUUAGCCUCUACGAUCAUGCGGGAAGCUGUAGCAGACGAAACUUCGGACGUGAAAUGGACGGUAUUCGACGGACCUAUUGACGCUCUGUGGAUCGAAAACAUGAACACAGUGCUAGAUGAUAACAUGACGUUGUGUCUUGCCAAUGGUGAGCGGAUUAAGCUCAAAAGUGAGAUGAAAAUGCUGUUCGAAGUUAUGGAUCUAGCAGUGGCUUCACCUGCGACUGUGAGUCGAAUUGGUGUGGUCUACAUGACAGCUACAGAUCUAGGCUGGAUGCCGUUCGUCAAGACGUGGAUGGAGAAGGAACUACCAACGGAUUUCCCACCUGACGGACUUAAAAGACUGGAUUUCCUCAUCACAAGUUACGUGGAAAAAUGCAUCCAAUUCGUCCGUAGAAAAAGCUUUGAACUGGUCCCGACAGUGGAUAUGAACCUCGCAACUAGUCUGUGUCGCUUGUUUGCGUGUUUGUUCAGCUCUGCCAAUGGAGUGAAUUACUUAACGAUGAAGAACGAAGAGAUGCUGGAACUGUUGGAUAAAGUAUUCGCUUUUUCUCUCUUCUGGUCUGUAGGUGCGACUAUGACGGUGGAUACGCACGAGCAGUUCGAUAACUUCGCACGAGAAUUAAUGACCGAUGCUAAGCUGAAUAUCCCCAAUGCUGGACUGGUUUUUGACUAUUUCGUUGAUGUUGAGCAAGCCAAAUUCCGCGCUUGGAGUGAAGUUGUCCCAAAAUUUGUGUACAAUAACCAAAUUCCUUACUUCAAAAUGACAGUCGCGACGCCUGAUUCCGUUCGAUUUACCUUCUUAUUACGCACUUUAACCGCAGCAAAGCGACCAGCAUACGUCACCGGAGUCACAGGAACGGGUAAGACUGUGAUUGUCCAGGAUUUACUGCAAGAAUUAACGUCUGGGCCUAUGAUUCCAACUGGAGAUAAUGGUGAAAAUGGUGAGAAUUCAUCGGCUCCAGCGUCAAAUUUCAUGACAAUUUUCAUCAAUUUCUCGGCGCAAACAUCGUCUCUAGUCACACAAUUGACGAUUGAGAAUAAACUCGAGAAGAAACGUAAAAAUCUACUGGGGCCAGUAGCUGGAAAAAGAAUGAUUAUCUUUGUAGACGACGUGAACCUCCCAGCUGUUGAGGAAUAUGGCGCUCAAGCUCCUAUCGAAUUAUUGCGUCAAUUUCUGGAUUUUGGUGGAUUUUACGACCGCGAUAAAUUAUUCUGGAAAGAUAUGGCAGAUACAAUGUUACUUGCAGCUGCUGCUCCCGCUGGAGGAGGCCGAUCGCACUGUACACCUCGCUUUGUUCGACACUUCCACGUCUUGAGUAUGUACCCAGCAGGUGAGACGUCUUUGAAACUCAUUUUUGCAUCAAUUCUCGGAGGUUUUCUGGAAAAAUUCGCGCCAUCCGUGAAAGCCAUGAAGGACGGGAUAAUAUCCAGUGUCAUUGAAAUUUAUAACCGCGUUACACUUGAGUUAUUACCCACGCCGAAUAAAUUUCACUACACUUUCAAUCUUCGCGAUGUUUCGAAAGUUUUCCAGGGGAUUCUCAUGAUCACGCCGUCGAAAUGUCCAGAUGCAGACUCGAUGAACCGUUUGUGGGUCCACGAGGCUUCACGAGUGUUCCAAGACCGUCUAAUUAACGCCAGUGACCAAACGUGGUUCGAAGAGCUCGUAUGUUCGUUAUUACAGCGUUUUUUCAAUUGUAACUGGUCACGAGAGGCGCUUUUCCACUCUCCAUGUCCUCUGACAUUCGGCGAUUUCUUCAAACCAGGAACGCCCACGCCCUUGUACGAAUACUGCAACGACGUGACCAAAGUUACGAAGAUCAUGGACGAUUUUUUGGAAAAUUACAACGUUACUUUCGCGAAUAAAAUGAACCUCGUAUUUUUCCGAGACGCCAUCGGUCAUUUAUCCAGAUUGGUGCGUAUUUUACGACAACCUCGAGGCAAUGCGAUGCUGAUAGGAGUCGGUGGAAGUGGGAAACAAUCUCUCGCUCGGCUUGGGGCUUUCAUGGUGGAAGCCAAGUGCGUACAGAUCGAAAUUACACGAGGAUAUGGCACCAAUGAGUUCCACGAAGACCUUAAAAAACUCAUGAUAAGUGCCGGUGUAGGGGGUCAGUCCACAGUGUUUUUAUUCACUGACAGCCAGAUCGUCGAAGAAAGUUUCUUAGAAGACAUCAACAAUGUUUUAAAUAGUGGAGAAGUGCCCAAUCUGUUCCCACAAGACGAAAUGGACCGCAUUAUUGCUGACAUGCGGCCUAUUGUGAAGGCCAUGGAGAUCCCCGAGACUCGAGACAAUUGCGUGUCCACAUUUAUUGAAAGAGUACGCAAUUAUUUGCACAUUGUAUUGGCCAUGUCACCCGUGGGUUCAGCACUUCGUGUACGCUGUCGAGCGUUCCCGUCGCUCAUAAAUUGUUGUACGAUCGAUUGGUACAUGAAUUGGCCCCGUGAGGCCUUGCAGUCAGUGGCCGAUCGACUACUAGCUAGUGUGUCGUUACCCUCGGAAGACGUGCGUACAGCUCUUGUCGACAUGUGCUCCAUCGUACACACCACAUCGAACGAUUUCGGCGAGGAUUUUUUGUCUCAACUGCAACGAUACGUGUACACUACACCGAAAAGUUACCUCGAUCUCAUCGGGUUGUAUUUGAAAAUGUUACAGGAGAAGCGUGCAGUGUUACAGACGAUCAAAAACCGCAUGGAAGUCGGUGUAAAAAAGCUCGAGGAGACCAACAGUAUCGUGGAUUCGCUUAAGUCCGAGUUGAUCGAGUUGCAGCCAAUUCUCGCUAAAAAAGCGGUCGAAGCUGAGGAAUUACUUAAACGAGUGUCAGUGGAUCAGAAAGCAGCCGCAGUUGUACGUGAACGAGUUUCGCAGGACGAAGCUACAGUCACAAAACAGGCCGAAGAAGUGGCAAUCGUGCAAGCCGAUGCUCAAAAAGAUCUGGACGUGGCUAUGCCGGCUCUAAAUAACGCUAUUAAGGCGCUAGAUAGUUUAUCCAAGAACGAUAUUACUGAGGUAAAAUCCUUCGCGAAGCCUCCAGAGGCUGUGGAGACAGUUAUGAACGCCGUGUGUCUGCUGUUUAACGAGAAGCAGAGUUGGGAUUCCGCUAAGAAAAUUUUGGGCGAUGUGGCGUUUCUAGAUAAGCUCAAGAACUUUGACAAGGAUAAUAUCCCCGCUGCUACGUUAAAGAAACUCAGUAAAGCGGUCUCUGAACCGGGUAUGGCUGUAGAAGUGGUCUCGAAAGUAUCUAAAGCUGCCACGUCACUCUGUAUGUGGGUACAUGCUAUGGACGUGUACUCUAAAGUGGCGAAAGAAGUCGGUCCUAAAAAGGAAAAUUUAGAACGGAUGAACCAGAAAUUGGCCGAGGCUAACGCGAUUUUGAGUCAAAAACAAGAAGAACUGCGCGUUGUCAACGAGAACGUGGCGAUGCUGGAAAAGCAGUGUAAAGACACUUUAGACGAGAAGGACAAGCUCGCGAAUGACGCUGCAGUGACCGAGAAGCGACUCGUUCGAGCCGAGAAGCUCAUAUCUGGAUUGUCAGUUGAAGGAGCUCGUUGGAAAGAAAGUGUAGCGUCCUUAUCUGAAUCGAUAUUAGCGUUGAUUGGUGAUACUUUCCUAGCUGCAGCCUGUAUUUCGUACUAUGGACCGUUUACCGGAGGAUUCAGACAGCGAAUUGUGGACCAGUGGGUCACUCAGACGCAGGAGCUUCAUAUCCCGUGUUCGUCUGGUUACAGUCUUUCAAUUACACUAGGGAGUCCAGUGGAGAUCCGUGAGUGGCAACUCAAUGGCCUCCCUACAGACUCUACGUCCACUGAUAACGCUAUUCUAGUGACUCGAGGCGAGCGGUGGCCACUGAUGAUCGAUCCACAGGGUCAAGCGAACAAGUGGAUUAAGAAAACUUUAACUCAAAAUCUGGAAACUACUAAAAUGACUAACGCAAAUCUGUUGCGGUCCUUGGAGACUUGUAUCCGGAAUGGUAAGGCGUUGUUGAUCGAAGACAUUGACGAGACGUUGGAGCCGUCGCUGGAGCCGAUUCUGCAGAAAGCCAUCUACAAACAAGGUGGACGAGUGUUGAUCCGUCUGGGAGAUUCAGAUGUGGAUUAUGAUCCAAAUUUUAAACUGUUUCUAACCACCAAACUGCCAAAUCCUCACUAUCUUCCCGAGGUGUAUAUCAAAGUGACAGUCAUCAACUUUACAGUCACGAUGGACGGUCUAGAAGACCAACUUUUAGGCGACGUAGUGCGUCAUGAACGUCCAGAUAUCGAAGAGAAGAAGAACCGUCUAGUUGUGACCAUGGCGCAGGAUAAGAAACAGCUUAAGGAGAUCGAAGACCGUAUCCUGAAACAACUGUCCGAGUCUUCAGGAAACGUUCUAGAUGAUCAAGAUCUCAUUGACACGCUGCAAUCAUCCAACGUCACAUCUCGUAUCAUUAAGGAACGCGUUCUAGAAUCUGAAAGCACAGAAAUUGAGAUCAACCGCGCAAGAGAAGAAUACCGUUGUGUAGCUACACGAGGGUCCAUUAUCUACUUCGUGGUCGCUAAUCUAGCGCUGAUCGACCCCAUGUACCAGUAUUCACUGCCGUUCUUCCAGCGUUUAUUCAACAUCUGCUUCGAUGAGGCUCCGAAAGCUGAUACCCUGCAGAAACGUCUUACAAACCUCGUUGACUUCCAGACUAGAUACAUCUAUGUGAAUAUCUGUCGUGGGCUCUUCGAAGUGCACAAAGUGCUCUUCUCGAUGCUUAUCUGCUGUAAAAUACUGCUACAUUCCGGUAAAAUAUCGGCUCGUGAGUGGAGUUUGUACCUCCGUGGAGCACCACCAGGUACUGAUCGCUCCUUGCAGCAGCCAAAUCCUCAGCCUACACACAUCAGUGAGGCCCAAUGGGACUUAAUAUCUGAGCUCGAGACGCUUGUAACUGGUUACACUGAAGACGCAGAAGGCCAGAAGACACAAGUCCAGGCCUUUCAAGGACUCUGUACUUCAUUGACAAAUGUCUGGUCACGUUGGUUAAUCUGGCUCGACGAUCCAGAAUUUCUGUCCAAUCCUAAUUCCUGUCCUGGAAACUUCGGCUCAACGUUAAACGCGUUCCAAAAAGUGCUUUUACUUCGAGGUUUAGCUGAGGAAAAAGUACCUCAAGCUGUUUUGAACAUGAUUUCAACCGAGAUGGGCACUGAAUUUGGACGAAAUGCAUCUACGACAAUGGAGGAAAUCUACAACGAUACAGAUCGUAAAACUCCAUGUAUCUUCGUGCUAUCAGCAGGUGCUGAUCCGACUGGAAUGUUGCUGCGAUUCGCAAAGGAAAUGUCGUUUAUUGACCGUCUACAUCUCAUUUCUUUAGGCCAAGGACAAGGUCCUAGAGCUGAGAAACUCAUAGAGAGCAGCCAAGGCUCCGGUGACUGGGUAUUGCUGCAAAAUUGUCAUCUUGCCAAGUCUUGGAUGCCGAAACUUGAGAAACUGGUGGAAGAUAUGGGUCAGCGUACAGAUGAGCAGUGUCAAUCCACGUUUCGCCUCUUCCUUACUAGUUUUCCAGCUGCUUAUUUCCCUGUUACAGUGUUACAAAACGGUAUCAAACUCACGAACGAACCACCCAAGGGGAUCCGUGCUAAUCUACUCCGAUCUUUCAAUACUUUGCUAUCGGAAGAAGUGCUCGAGAGCUUCCACUUUCUCGGUAAUUUUGACACUGGAGAGGCCAAAAAUCACGUGUGGAAGUCGCUGCUUUGUGCGCUUACGUUCUUCCACGCCAUCGUCCAAGAACGACGCAAAUUUGGAGCUCUGGGCUGGAAUAUCAAGUACGAAUUUAACGAUACCGACUUGGAGACUUCGUUAGCGAGUCUACGGAAGUUCUUGGAGGAACAACCGAUCAUUCCCUGGGACGCCUUGCGGUAUGUUACCGGCCAGAUCAACUACGGUGGACGCGUGACGGACGACUGGGAUCGACGCUGUCUUACCAGUAUACUCAGUAACUUUUACACACCAGAAGUGCUUAAUUCCGGCCACUCGUACUCGACUUCUGGCAGUUAUCACGUGCCCAAAGAGCUCUCGCACUCGAGUAUUCAAUCGUACUUAAGCUCCUUACCAGCUUUCGACAACCCGGAGCUCUUUGGGAUGCACGAGAACGCCAACGUCACGUACGAGCGCAACGAAAGCGCCAACAUGAUGCAAUUAAUCUUAAGUCUUGAGCCACGAGACGGAGGAGGCGGUGGAGGCAAAUCUAACGACCAACGAGUGCUUGAUCUCGCCAUCUCUAUACAAGAACACUUACCUGCUGAUCUCAACGUGGAAGAAGCUGGACCUACCACCUUUAAAACUCGAGAAGUGGCUGGAACUGUCGUGAUGGACUCGUUAGCCACCGUUUUGAGUCAAGAAGUCAUCAAGUUUAACACUCUUUUACGACGUAUGCGCUCGUCUUUGAGAGAUAUCCAGAAGGCUAUCAACGGACUCAUCGUCAUGUCCUCAGACCUGGAUAACAUGUACAUGGCCUUUUUAAACGGCAAGGUGCCGCAACUCUGGUCUUCCGUCAGUUUUGCUUCUUUAAAGCCUCUCGCAUCCUGGGUACGCGACUUACUCGACCGCGUCUCGUUCUUCCGACAAUGGCUACUUCAUGGUGAGCCAGUGGUGUUCCAACUCAACGUCUUCUUCUUCCCACAAGGAUUCAUGACUGGUACAUUGCAAAAUUUCGCUCGAAAGUAUCAGACCGCGAUCGAUUCACUGGCGUUUACAUUUACCGUCAUGGACGUUGAAAAUGCCGGGCAACUUACACAAAGUCCAACUGAUGGCAUUUACGUUGACGGACUCUGGCUACAAGGCGCUAAAUGGUCUCCAACGCGUCGACUACUUGAAGACGCCAAGCCUGGAGAAAUGUUCUCUGCCAUGUCGAUUGUUCAUUUCCUCCCUGCUACUUCAGCAGUGGCCAGUAACCCUGUACUGAGUCCGGGGAUCAUGAUGUACCCGUGUCCAGUGUACAAGACGUCGGUGCGGCAAGGAACGUUGUCGACCACUGGAAUCUCCACCAACUACGUCAUUGCAGUGCAGCUUCCAAGUGAUAGACCCCCCAACUACUGGGUCAUGAUGGGUGCGGCGUUCUUGCUUAACCUGGAUAAUUAACCAGUUUGACAGGAUAAAAUACAGGUUAAGUAAAAAAAAAGUUUGCAUUACGUCUCGCUUCUUGUCGU